CAUGUACCGUUAGGCAUGCACACCGGUACAUUUACAGAGAAGCCUUGCGAACUGGUCGAACUUGUGGUACCAUUAGGGUUAGGAACGGCACUGAUCUGAUACAAUUACCGGUAAUAUCCAACCCCCAACCCAACAAACCUGCCUUUCCAGCUAGCUUUCACAUCCAUCUCACGACAGUGUUUGUUUGUGAAGUUGCCUGUUACUCCCAACUGUAAUAUUCGAGAUUCCCAAUCACCAUGAUGGCACCAAAGAGAUACCCCCCUCGGAAUCCAUCAUGGUCUAUGCGACGUGAGCACUUGAUGUGCUUCCUGGGCCUGUCAUUACUGCUGUCUUCUCGGGGCUGUUUGGCUCUCGCGGCAGCUUCUUCCAAACCUCGAGUGGCUCUCGUCAGCGGGAGCAAUAAAGGCAUUGGAAGAGAGAUUGUACGUCUUCUGGCCAAUGAUGAACAGGACUGGGUUAUCUUUUUGGGAAGUCGAGAUGAAUCACGAGGAAACCAAGCCGUACAGGAUCUAAUGAAGGACUUGGAUGAGAAGAACCAGAAGACUAGCAUUGUCUGCUGCCCAUUAGACCUAACAGACCCUACCAGCAUUGCUCGUGCCAAAGAAAUGGUGGAACAGCAGCAGGGGCGGCUUGAUGUGCUCAUCAACAAUGCUGCCAUUUGUUUCAACGAUCCUACCCUGUAUGGCAAGGUUCCACAUACACCAUUUGAACAGCAAGCAGACAUUUCCAUCAGAACCAACUUUUUCGGAACGCUCCAAGUGACACAGACCAUGUUGCCACUGCUACAGCAGUCUGACUAUCCUCCCCGAAUCAUCAACAUUGCCAGUGCAGCCGGGCGAUUGGCCAUCUUGAAAAAUAAUCAAGACUUGGUAGAAGCCUUUACAAGCCCCAAACUGCAAUUGACUGAGCUGGAAUCUCUCUUGCAACAAUUCGUGCAGGAUGUGGAAGCAGGAGUGCAUGCCUCCAAAGGAUGGCCCAAUACAUGCUAUGGCAUGAGCAAACUGGGGAUCAUUGCCAUGACCAAAUUAAUGGCACGAGACUACGUGGACAGUAUCAUGAUAAACUCGGUCGAUCCGGGGUUUUGUGCCACGGAUCAGAACAACAAUCAAGGCGUAUUGCCAGCAGAAAGAGGGGCCGUGACACCAUAUUUGCUGGCGACGAUAACCAGGGACAAGUUUGUAACUGGAAAGCAUUUCUUCCAAGAACAGGAAAUUGAGUGGUAGUAGCUAGCAGUUGGCAUACCAAUCUUUGCUGGAUGAAUCGGAACUGAAUGAGAAGAUUGCAGAGCCAUCUUGGGGUCAUCUUUGGAUAUCUAUAAGCUCCUCCGGUGCAUAUCACUAGCGUUCUUGAUUGUCGAAUGAUUCCAUCCACGGUUAAAAACUUGGCCAUGAUGACCAGCAACUCCAUAGAUAACUCCGUCAUUGUCACUGCCGUCAUCAUGGCGGUGCAGCAGAAGUUCCAUUCAGCAUUGUCGGGCCUUGACGUUGGUGAUCCUUACUCCUUACUCCAAGACUUUUCUCGAUCUAAUCGCGUACCGGUAGCAGAACAGGUCGUACUCUGCAUGGACAGGCUUUGCGUCGUUAACAGAAAUAAAACAGGGCUGGGAAGCAGAGUGAACCAUCCCUUUUAAAAUACGAACAUGGAUAAAGCGCUAUGUGACACGGAGACUUAUUUGUUAAAAUAUUAAUUAAUAGAAACUCACCGACCCUCUAAAGAAA